GCUGCAAGUUGCAUAUGAUUGGUCAUUGUGAGUACUGCGACAGGAGGGAAAACCCGGUUGUACUUGGCCCCUCUAGCCACUGCUGGACGCCUAUAAAAUAAGUUCGGCGCACCAGUAUAUUUGUCCUUCAAUAGUAGGUAUAUAAUUAAUACAGUCAUGACUACCGAAAAGCAACUCGUUCAAUUAAUCAACCAGAAGCACCACCGGGCCCUUGUGGACGUUUUCAUUCACAUGGCAAGUACCCCAAUUAUGGCUGACAUUUCCCAUAUUGCCUUAAGAAAUAUUGAUAAGUAAUCGUUCACCAUUGAAUUCUGGCAGCACGGUAGUGAGGCAGAGAAGACCUUGAAGUUUGGCCCGCCGUUACAGAGCUUAGAUGAAGCAAAACCGCGUUUCAUGGCCUUAUCCAAGAGAGCAGCUGCCGCCAGAGGAUUGUCGCCUCACCAAGUUAAUGAGUAUGUCCAUCCAAACUCGCUCGUUGAGCUUUUACCCUUCUUAAUGGUUGGAUAUUUAGGAACCAAGUACUACCGCUUUCGUGGUCCCAACGAUACCCCAGUCUGGCUUCCGUGGUUCGCCAAGGCUUGGAAGCCUACUCUUGUCAGUACCGUUGCCAUGCAUGUAGUGGAGCUUCAGUAUGUUAUGUUGCCUUUAUUGAGCAAGUACAAGGUUUCAGCUGAAUAUAGAUGGAAAUGGAUCACAUCUGUCAUGGUAGAAGGAAUUUUCUCCCUUAAUCGCUUCAAGAGAUCGAUUUUGAAGGCUGAAACUCUGAAUUCUGAAACUGGUCUUUUGGUGGAGUGAGGUAUUUUGGUUUUAAUGCUUUUAUUAGAGAAAUCAUGACGCGUCUAUUUAAGAGACUUAGAAACCCAUAUUGUAUUCGCCUAAUAAUGAUAAAGUAUCAAGUUUAAACCCACAACUACCUAAAUAAACCUCAUUGAGUCCAUCAAAAAAAGCCAUUGCCAUUUCUAGGCUAAAGUUUAGCUGGAAUCAGGGUAACGAAACUACACCAUCGAUGGAAUAAAAAGCCUAAAAUAUCCAAUCAUUGGCGAAUUGUUAUUAUCAUCAAAUAUCAUGUUUUACUAUACUUACAUUGAUAUGGUGCAGCUGAUGGUUCU